AUUUUUUUGGUGCUAAUCGUAUAGGUCGAAGUCAGUCUCGAGGAGAGAGAAGAGGGUAGAGAGAGAUUGAAGAGAGAAACUUCACGCUGCUACGUCAAUGGCCGUUAGGGUUUCUUAUUGAUCCAACGAAAAGUGCGAAACUCAAUCUCUUCACUGCAAUUGGUUUCUCUCCCAUUCUCCUUCGUCUCAAAACCCUAAUUUAGUGUUACCAAGAUUGUGUAUUUCUUUUUUGCUUUGAAUCUUGAGGAGCAGUGAUGGGAGCGCCAACGCCGGAGAAAUCACAGAGCAACGCUAGUUCGAUGCAGCGGGUCAAGGUGUACCGUCUGAAUGAAGAUGGAAAAUGGGAUGACCAGGGUACUGGGCAUGUAACUAUAGAUUAUUUGGAGAGAUCGGAGGAUCUGGGCUUAUUUGUUUAUGAUGAAGAAGACAAUGAGACCAUACUUUUGCAUCGCAUCAGUUCUGAUGAUAUUUAUAGAAAGCAAGAAGAUUCAAUAAUUUCAUGGAGGGACCCAGAAUAUGCCACAGAAUUGGCACUUAGCUUUCAAGAGCCUAGCGGAUGCUCUUACAUAUGGGACCAUAUUUGCAACGUCCAGAGAAAUAUGCAUUUCAGUACUUUAAAUAGUGAGACAUUUCAGAGCACUAACAGUGAGUUGAAGGAAUUGCCCGCUGUUGAACUAACAACACUCCCUUUAAUUCUUAAGACCAUUGUUGACAGUAGCAUUUCAGAUCAAAUACGAAUAGCUGAGCUACUAUCAAGUAAUCAAGAAUUCUUCCGGAAGCUGAUGGGGUUAUUUAGAGUGUGUGAAGACUUGGAAAACGUGGAUGACCUUCGCACGAUUUUCAAAAUUGUCAAAGGGAUCAUUUUACUUAAUAGUCCACCGCUUCUUGAGAGGAUUUUUAAGGAAGAGUUCAUAGUGGACAUUAUUGGUGCCCUCGAGUAUGAUCCGGAAGUUACUUGUGUUCAGCAUCAUCGUAAAUUCUUAAAGGACCAUGUUGUUUUUAAGGAGGCCAUACCUAUAAAAGACUCCAUUGCACUGGAGAAGAUACAUCAGACAUAUAGAGUUGGUUAUUUGAAGGAUGUUGUGUUGGCUAGAGUAUUAGAUGACGCCACUAGUGCAACCUUUAACUCCAUAAUACAUGCAAACAAUGCCUUUGUCAUUGCUAUGUUGAAGGAUGACAGUACAUUUAUCCAGGAGUUGUUUGCUAGGUUAAAAUCAUCUGCCACCUCUCAAGAAUCAAAGAAGAAUUUGGUUCAUUUCUUGUAUGAGUUUUGCAGUGUAAGCAAGAGUUUACAAAUGGUCCAGCAGCUUCGGCUUUUUAGGGAUCUGAUGAAUGAAGGCAUCUUUGACAUUGUCAGCGAUGUUCUGCAAAGUCAAGACAAGAAGCUUGUGCUAACUGGAACAGACAUCCUCCUUCUUUUUAUGAAUCAAGAUCCUAAUCUUCUGCGAUCAUAUGUUGUUCGGCAGGAGGGAAUUGCUCUUCUAGGACUCUUGGUUAAGGGAAUGGUAACUGACUUUGGAGAAAGCAUGCACUGCCAGUUUCUUGAGAUUCUUCGAAUUCUAUUAGACUCAAGCACAUUGACUGGACCGCAGAGGGACACUAUCAUUGACAUCUUCUUUGAGAAGCAUUUGGGUCAACUUAUUGAGGUUAUAACGGCGUCAUGUCCCUCAGACAAUAUUGCCGAUGCAAGUAGCACAUCAAUAGGUCCUGGACAAGGUGUUCGGUUUCAGCAUGGAACAAAACCGGAGAUAUUAUCAAACAUAUGUGAAUUACUAUGCUUUUGUGUCCUUCAUCACCCAUACAGAAUAAAGGGUAAUUUUCUUGUCAAUAAUGCAAUUGAGAAAAUUUUACUACUGACACGGAGAACAGAAAGAUACUUAGUUGUCUGUGCUGUCCGGUUUGUUCGAACUGUUCUCUCCCGCAAUGAUGAGCAUAUGAUAAAUUAUUUCGUUAGGAAUAACAUUCUCAAACCAAUUAUAGAUGCCUUUAUUGCUAAUGGUAAUCGUUACAAUCUUCUCAACUCUGCUGUUCUGGAACUUUUUGAGUUUAUUCGAAAGGAGAAUCUGAAAUUAUUGCUAAAACAUCUAGUUGAUUCUUUUUGGGGUCAGCUGGUAAAAUUCGAGCAUUUGGCUUCAAUUCACUCGUUGAAAGUAAAAUAUGAGCAGUGUGUGGAUAAUGGUGGGACAGAUGCUGCUGCGGUAGUGGACCUUCGAAGACGAAUUGAUGAGCGUGCUGUGGAGAGAGAAGAGGAAGAACGAUACUUUAAUGAGGACAGUGACGAAGAGGAUGCAGCGUCUGCAUCUGUUUCACGUGAGCCUAAAGGUCAUCAACGACCUAUUCUUUCCAAUGGAGUUGCUUCAAACCAUCCGCAAUCAAGUCGAAGGUCACUGGUCGACUAUGAAGAUGACGAGGAUGAUGAAGAUUAUAAACCACCACCAAGAAAGCAGAAAGAAGCAUCAGAGGAAGAUGAAGGGAUACUGGAGUCUCUCAGGCUUAAAAGGAAACUUCCUUCAAAGGAUAAAGAGCCCGAAGCUGCGAAGAAGCAGAAGUUAACGAAGAAUUCAAAAUCUAAAGAAAGUGUUUUUGCUGCGUUGUGUUCAACAUUGAGCCAAGCUGUGCUGCCCAAUAAGAAAUCUGUAAUCAAUAUUCAUAAAGAUGAUCACACAGUUGAGGGAGAUGAUCACAAAGUUGAAGGGAGGAUGAGUUCUAGUGAAGACAAUCAGGAAGAAAGACAAAAUGAUUCUAGAAGCAGCUCUGAUGAUAGCAACAUAGGAGGAGCUGAAGAUAACCCCGAGGAGAAAGAUACUUCAGCCUCUAGAAGCUUUUCUGAUUGUUUGCAUGCAAAAUCAGAUAACAUACAAUUGAGCGGCGAUGAAUGCCCACUGGUUCCCCCUAAAUCGUCGCCAGAGAUGGCUGUAAAUGGAUCAUAAGCAUCUACAAUCAUUCAUGAAGGCAGAUUGUUUAUUCGUAUAAAUUUGCUGGUGGCCGAGUUGUUGCUGACUAUCAAAGAAGCAUGCUUUGUAAAACAGAAAAUUUACCUUAAAGGGUGUAAAUUUUGGUUAUCCGAUGCAUCGAGGGUAUGUGGUCUGGAGGUAGUACUGUACAGUACCACAUUGGUGGGAGAAUAUUAAUGCAGAAAAGUGGUUGUUGCUUUCACAUAACUUUUCUGAACAAUAGUUCUGUAAUUUUCUCCUCUCCAAACUUUUCCCCUUCCAGCUCAUUUAUUUACUUUUAUAGUUUUUGCCGGAGGACCCAAUGUGUGUAUAAGAGGCGAUAUUUUUAUCAUUAUUCCUCUUUGCAGUUAUUUGACCUUAAUGAUAGGGGGCGCCAAUAUUUGCCCUUCACAGGUUUUUCUGAUGUUUUCCCUCCCUUUUUUCCAUGCAGUCUGUUUCUAGGGCCAUUAUUUAUGAAUGUAUCAGGAUUCCAAACCAUUGUAAAUCUGUAUGUAACUGUUGCGUAUGCAAUGGUCUCUCUACAGUUCUUCCA